CCCGCCCCCUCCCCCCAGGCCUGAUGAGCAGGUCUCGAGCCUCCAUCCAUCGGGGGAGCAUCCCCGCGAUGUCCUAUGCCCCCUUCAGAGAUGUACGGGGACCCUCUAUGCACCGAACCCAAUAUGUUCAUUCCCCGUAUGAUCGUCCUGGUUGGAACCCUCGGUUCUGCAUCAUCUCGGGGAACCAGCUGCUCAUGCUGGAUGAGGAUGAGAUACACCCGCUACUGAUCCGGGACCGGAGGAGCGAGUCCAGUCGCAACAAACUGCUGAGACGCACAGUCUCCGUGCCGGUGGAGGGGCGGCCCCACGGCGAGCAUGAAUACCACUUGGGUCGCUCGAGGAGGAAGAGUGUCCCAGGGGGGAAGCAGUACAGCAUGGAGGGCGCCCCUGCUGCGCCCUUCCGGCCCUCGCAAGGCUUCCUGAGCCGACGGCUAAAAAGCUCCAUCAAACGAACGAAGUCACAACCCAAACUUGACCGGACCAGCAGCUUUCGCCAGAUCCUGCCUCGCUUCCGAAGUGCUGACCAUGACCGGGCCCGGCUGAUGCAAAGCUUUAAGGAGUCGCACUCUCAUGAGUCCUUGCUGAGUCCUAGCAGUGCAGCUGAGGCAUUGGAGCUCAACUUGGAUGAAGAUUCCAUUAUCAAGCCAGUGCACAGCUCCAUCCUGGGCCAGGAGUUCUGUUUUGAGGUAACAACUUCAUCAGGAACAAAAUGCUUUGCCUGUCGGUCUGCAGCCGAAAGAGACAAAUGGAUUGAGAAUCUGCAGCGGGCAGUAAAGCCCAACAAGGACAACAGCCGCCGGGUAGACAAUGUGCUAAAGCUGUGGAUCAUAGAGGCCCGAGAGCUGCCCCCCAAGAAGCGGUACUACUGCGAGCUCUGCCUGGAUGACAUGCUGUAUGCACGCACCACCUCCAAGCCCCGCUCUGCCUCAGGGGACACCGUCUUCUGGGGCGAGCACUUCGAGUUUAACAACCUGCCGGCUGUCCGUGCCCUGCGGCUGCAUCUGUACCGUGACUCAGACAAAAAGCGCAAGAAGGACAAGGCGGGCUAUGUCGGCCUGGUGACUGUGCCGGUGGCCACCCUGGCUGGGCGCCACUUCACAGAGCAGUGGUACCCUGUAACCCUGCCAACAGGCAGUGGGGGAUCUGGGGGCAUGGGCUCGGGAGGGGGAGGAGGUUCGGGGGGCGGCUCAGGGGGCAAGGGCAAAGGAGGUUGCCCGGCUGUGCGGCUGAAAGCACGUUACCAGACAAUGAGCAUCUUGCCCAUGGAGCUAUAUAAAGAGUUUGCAGAGUAUGUCACCAACCAUUAUCGGAUGCUGUGUGCAGUCUUGGAGCCUGCCCUGAAUGUCAAAGGCAAGGAGGAGGUUGCCAGUGCACUAGUUCACAUCCUGCAGAGUACAGGCAAGGCCAAGGACUUCCUUUCAGACAUGGCCAUGUCUGAGGUAGACCGGUUCAUGGAACGGGAGCACCUCAUAUUCCGCGAGAACACGCUCGCCACUAAAGCCAUAGAAGAGUAUAUGAGACUGAUUGGUCAGAAAUACCUCAAGGAUGCCAUUGGAGAGUUCAUCCGUGCUCUGUAUGAGUCUGAGGAAAACUGCGAGGUAGACCCUAUCAAGUGCACAGCGUCCAGUUUGGCAGAGCACCAGGCCAACCUGCGAAUGUGCUGUGAGUUGGCCCUGUGCAAGGUGGUCAACUCCCACUGCGUGUUCCCGAGGGAGCUGAAGGAGGUGUUUGCUUCGUGGCGGCUGCGCUGCGCAGAGCGAGGCCGGGAGGACAUCGCAGACAGGCUUAUCAGCGCCUCGCUCUUCCUGCGCUUCCUCUGCCCAGCGAUUAUGUCGCCCAGUCUCUUUGGGCUUAUGCAGGAGUACCCAGAUGAGCAGACCUCACGCACCCUCACCCUCAUUGCCAAGGUCAUCCAGAACCUGGCCAACUUUUCCAAGUUUACCUCAAAGGAGGACUUUCUGGGCUUCAUGAAUGAGUUUCUGGAGCUGGAAUGGGGUUCCAUGCAGCAGUUCUUGUAUGAGAUCUCCAACCUGGACACGCUAACCAACAGCAGUAGCUUUGAGGGUUACAUCGACUUGGGCCGCGAGCUCUCUACACUGCAUGCCCUGCUCUGGGAGGUGCUGCCCCAGCUCAGCAAGGAAGCCCUCCUGAAGCUGGGCCCACUGCCCCGGCUCCUCAAUGACAUCAGCACAGCUCUGAGGAACCCCAACAUCCAAAGGCAGCCAAGCCGCCAGAGUGAGCGGCCCCGGCCUCAGCCCGUGGUACUGCGGGGGCCAUCGGCUGAGAUGCAGGGCUACAUGAUGCGGGACCUCAACAGCUCCAUCGACCUUCAGUCCUUCAUGGCUCGAGGCCUCAACAGCUCUAUGGACAUGGCUCGCCUCCCCUCCCCAACCAAGGAAAAGCCACCCCCACCACCUCCUGGUGGGGGUAAAGACCUGUUCUAUGUAAGCCGUCCACCCCUGGCCCGUUCCUCACCAGCAUACUGCACGAGCAGCUCGGACAUCACAGAGCCAGAGCAGAAGAUGCUGAGUGUCAACAAGAGUGUGUCCAUGCUGGACUUACAGGGCGAUGGGCCUGGUGGCCGCCUCAACAGCAGCAGUGUUUCGAACCUGGCAGCCGUAGGGGACCUGCUGCACUCAAGCCAGGCCUCGCUGACAGCAGCCUUGGGGCUACGGCCUGCGCCUGCUGGACGCCUCUCCCAGGGGAGUGGCUCAUCCAUCACGGCAGCUGGCAUGCGCCUCAGCCAGAUGGGUGUCACCACAGACGGUGUCCCUGCCCAGCAACUGCGAAUACCCCUCUCCUUCCAGAACCCUCUCUUCCACAUGGCUGCUGAUGGGCCAGGUCCCCCAGGCGGCCAUGGCGGGGGCGGUGGCCAUGGCCCACCUUCCUCCCAUCACCACCACCACCACCAUCACCACCACCGAGGUGGAGAGCCCCCUGGGGACACCUUUGCCCCAUUCCAUGGCUAUAGCAAGAGUGAGGACCUCUCUUCCGGGGUCCCCAAGCCCCCUGCUGCCUCCAUCCUUCAUAGCCACAGCUACAGUGAUGAGUUUGGACCCUCUGGCACUGACUUCACCCGUCGGCAGCUUUCACUCCAGGACAACCUGCAGCACAUGCUGUCCCCUCCCCAGAUCACCAUUGGUCCCCAGAGGCCAGCCCCCUCAGGGCCUGGAGGUGGGAGUGGUGGGGGCAGCGGUGGGGGUGGCGGGGGCCAGCCACCUCCAUUGCAGAGGGGCAAGUCUCAGCAGUUGACAGUCAGCGCAGCCCAGAAACCCCGGCCAUCCAGCGGGAAUCUAUUGCAGUCCCCAGAGCCAAGUUAUGGCCCCGCCCGUCCACGGCAACAGAGCCUCAGCAAGGAGGGCAGCAUUGGGGGCAGCGGGGGCAGCGGUGGCGGAGGGGGUGGGGGGCUGAAGCCCUCCAUCACCAAGCAGCAUUCUCAGACACCGUCCACAUUGAACCCCACAAUGCCAGCCUCUGAGCGGACAGUGGCCUGGGUCUCCAAUAUGCCUCACCUGUCGGCUGACAUCGAGAGUGCCCACAUCGAGCGGGAAGAGUACAAGCUCAAGGAGUACUCAAAAUCGAUGGAUGAGAGCCGGCUGGAUAGGGUGAAGGAGUACGAGGAGGAGAUUCACUCACUGAAAGAGCGGCUGCACAUGUCCAACCGGAAGCUAGAAGAGUAUGAGCGGAGGCUGCUGUCCCAGGAAGAACAGACCAGCAAAAUCCUGAUGCAGUAUCAGGCCCGACUGGAGCAGAGUGAGAAGAGGCUAAGGCAGCAGCAGGCAGAGAAAGAUUCGCAGAUCAAGAGCAUCAUUGGCAGCCCGUCCCUUCAGGCUGAUGCUGGUGGAGGAGGAGCUGCGCCGGGACCACCCCGCCAUGGCUGAGCCGCUGCCAGAACCCAAGAAGAGGCUGCUCGACGCUCAGCUCCUCAUCAGGUAAUUCUCCUGGUUCCGCUUUGGCCACGGGCGGAGGACACAGGGGGAGGUGACUCCGGACCACUGCAGGUUGGUCAUGAAGCCCACUCCCUCCAACACCUCUGGAGCCUCUCCCCUCUCACUGCUGCCCUCCACACCCAGAGAACCUCCACAGACUCCAGCCCUCCGACACCUCCUGUACAGACCUAUCUCCCAAGACACCACCCAAAGACAGCAUUUGCUGCUGCUUCCCAGAACUGUCCAACAAUACCUUAGCAACACCAAGAGUUGGGCCCUAGAUGGGCCCAGCACAUUCACAGGUCACAUCCACUUCCCUGCAAAACCUACCCCCUCCCAGCCUCCUCCUGACUCUAAGCCCUCCUCUUCCUCUACCUCUCCAGUGUAUGUCUGUCACCCCCCAUUUCACCAGAGUGUCCUUAGGGGCUGGGGGUGGGUUUGUUAAUGGGGUGGAGGCGAUGAUGGGUUGGAGGACCUUGGCUAUAGGGGCUGUGCUGACUGCAGCAGGUAGGUUGGGUUUUCCUCUUCCUUCCCUAACACUGGUUCUCUACCCUCCUUUCCACUCCUCACCUGAUUCUCUCUCUUCCUCCUCCUCACAUCUGUGAGGCAGAAGGCAUCUGGAGCUCAUAUUGGCCCCCGUUGGGUGGGAAUUAGGAGUGGGUAAUUAACUCAGGGAGACUUGGGAUACCCUGGAAAAAAUGCUAUUGAGAUGUCCUGACAUUAGGCACGGUGGGUGGAACAAGAAGGAGCAAGAAAGGAACCUCAGGCAGAUGUUAGGACAUGGACUUGACCAUGUGGCCUGGGAGUUUAGAAAUGGGGAGAGACAUCCUCCUAGAUCAGAUCGUGGGCUCAGUAGGCAUGUUGAUUCCCAGGCAGAGGUGCCAGGAACAGCAUGGUAAAGAACGUACUCUCAGAGCUCACAUCCCCAGGUUGCUGAUGCCACUCACUCCCCCUCUCCUGCCAUUGAGUGGCCUUGCCAGACACAUAACCCUACCUAAAAAGCCAGUAAAUGAGAACCUGUCAGCUACAGACAUUAUUUCUGAGAUGCGAUUUUCUUUGGGAUUGAGCUGUAGUGGGCAGUGGCUCCUUACACUGUAAUUUUAACUCUGUCUGCCCAGCCUCUCUGUCAAAGUAGCUGGUGAUCUAUAAACAGAUGCUAAAAGGCACCAGGGGACUUUGCCAUUUAAAGGACUCCUGCAGUGAAUUCUUUUGUAAAAUGGAUAAUGGCACCCUAAUUUAUCCACUUUCUAAAUUUGGGUCUAUGGGGGUGUCCGGGGCAUGCUUAUGUGCUGUCACCAGCAGACAAACAGGGAAUAGAAUAUGGGGGUUCCUUUCCUGCUCUCCCGCCAUACUCAGGAUACCCUACCAUAAGUGAUUUCCUCUCACUGACUUGCAGAAAAUGUGUGAGAUACCCAGCAAGCUAAGAAGGCAGUUUUGCUGGGUAUCUCAUACCCAAGGCUGGGGUUUGGGCGACCUGAGAGGUUAGCUCCUUAAUCCUAGGAUGGAAGGGAGAGCUUACAUAGAAGCUUUUACUUGGAAGGUUUUGUAGCUUAAGGUCAGACAUAGCUAUAUUGCCAAGCCUAAAUGCCAUGUAGCCCAAGUAAUAAUUUGGAUAUUUGUUCUAAACCACUUGUGGUAGGUAUUGGUCCCUCUGCAACUCAGCCAUUAAUUAAAAAUUAGUUCUGAGCCUGAAUUUUAAAAAGCCAAGUGUUGCCCCCAGCGCCCCCCCAACACACACCCGGAUAUGUACAGUACAAACCCCAGAUAAUUACAACAGCCAAAGAAGAGAGAAGGAAGUGAAUUUCCCAACCAGAAGUGUAGGGAAAUUCAGAUGGCUUUCUUUUCUCCCAGCAGAGGAACAGAACUAAGGGCAGGAACCAGGAGUUGGUCCAGCAGCUAUAGGAGGUGAUGAGAGUAGGACCAGGGGUAGGAGUUGGGUCUGGUACCCCUCACCCUCUAAUUGGGAGCCCAGGGAGAAGGACUGAAAAGAAGAUGGGGGUGGAAAAGAAUAAAGCCGGCUUCUGCUUCCCAGGGAUGCAGACAUUGGGGCAUGCUGUGUCUGCAGAAGCUCCUAGUCAUUUCUGCCAUAAUUGUGAGAGAGAGGGGCAGCCCUCCCAUAAGAUUUUUCCCUUCCCGUAUCACUUCCCUGAAUCCCCUUCCUCUCCCCCCAGUACAGUUAAACCUCUCUCUAAUUUGGAAUGUUAUAUUUGAGAAGAUGGCCACUGUGAAUAAGUGACAAAACUGAAUGACAGUGUCUAUUUAAUGAAAUGCAUGUCUUCAAAAUAUAUACAGUAAGUAGAACUUGAUGAACAAGGCUUUUUCCACUCCUCAGGGAGCAUGCAUUAAUGAAUAGAUAUGAUUCAAAAGUCUGUUUUCUGGUAUGGGUUAAAUAUCCCCUCCUACAGACAUAUUUCCACCACUAAUUUGCUUAGUACACCUUUUCUUCACAGAUAAAGGAAAACUCAAGCUCAGUUUUUGUUCAAAUUACGAAGAAAUUCCAAAUCCACAGGGGUUUGGAUUAAUGAGGUUUUGCUGUACUGCCUCCCCUUAUUCCUCAACAUGAAGUUCCCCACCUAGGAUUGGGGAUGGGUGGGAGGGGGUUUCAAGAGGAGGAGGGUGGAAUGGGCAGGAAUAUACAUAGGUGAAGCCAGAGAAGGGUUAGGUUGGGGGUGCGGUGGGAACUUCCUGCUUUGAUCUGGUUUCCUGGUGUGACACUCUGGGUUAAAGGCUUGAAGGCCCCUGUUAGGAGUCUAGGGGUGAGAUUCUCUUCUCUCUGAUCCCAGAGGACGUUAACUUCUACUGCAGGUGAGAAACAAAAUAGGAGGAUGGUGGGGACUGUCCUGGGAGGAGGAGGUGGUCCAUGGCUUGUGGUGUGGGCUGGCUAUAGGGGAGGCCACUGCUAGGGGACUGGCAUCCAGGCCCCCUUGAAGCGUCUCAAUAAGUCCGCGCUCUCCUUUUUGGUGUC